GAUCAAUAAAAUCGAUAAGUGUUCUUUUAUUGAUCAGAGAUGCCUCGAAUUGUUUGACUGGUUGAUUAAAACAAUAGGUCAAAGACUUUUUUGUUUGAUUUAAUCAAUUUUAGAUGCUUGAUUGAUCGAUCAAAACAAAAAAUCUUUUUAAUUUGAAACACUUUCAAUAUACUUGGAAUGUUCACAAUAAAUUAUUCGUGACAGAUACUUGACUGUCUUCUUGCAUGAUAACAUGGAACCAAAAUUUCUAAGUCUAUCUAUACUCUUAAUUAUAAUAUUAGCAUUGUUGAUCUCUCAAACUCAACAAAAGAAGAAAUCAUGGCGCGAGAAGGAUAUAAGAGACAUGACGGAGGCUGAUCUGGAACAUUUGCUGGAGCAGUGGGAAGAAAAUGAUGAACCUCUGGAACCAGAUGAAUUGCCAGAACACUUGCGACCCAGUCCAAAGAUUGAUUUAUCCCAGAUAGAUACUUCAAAUCCAGAUAACUUGCUGAGAAUUACAAAGAAAGGGAAAGGUGUUAUGAUGUUUGUGGAUCUUAAGCCAGGUAUUUCAGAAGAACAAGCCAAGAUUGUGAUGCGUAUUUGGCAGACGAGUCUGCAAAACAAUCAUAUUAUUGCAGAGAGAUAUCCAAUCGAUGUAAAACGUUCGAUAUACAUGUUUCGCGAAGGAUCUCAGGCUGUUGAUGCUAAACAUUACUUGCUGCAGCAGCCCGAAUUAUCUCAUCUCACCCUUGAAGGACAGACAUUUUAUAGUGAUGCAAAGCAACAGGAAGUAGCCGAUGAGUCGAUAAGAAAGCAAAGUGCAAAGAUAAAACGGAGCAAAGCUGAGUUGUAAUCUUAAUGCAUUCCUAUAUUUCUCAAACAUUUUAUAAUUUCAAGUCCUAACUAUUUCUUCCUUUGGUACAAAUUUUUUUUCAAAUAUAUUUUUUUGAUACUUUUAAAUAAACAAAUUGUUUCUGUAAAGUAUUAAAUAUGCAAUGUGCAUUCAUUGAUGUAUAUGAUUAAUAAAACAGCACGUACAUCGCAUA